UAAAGGAUAUAUCUUUUCAUUUAGUCUUUUAUUUUGCAGUACUAUUUUAAUCAAUAUACCAUGUCAAGUCUUCCCUCCAUCUUGUUACACGAGCCCUGCAUGAAUCAAUUUAAAGUCAAUGUGUGUACUCAUUUUAUUUUAUCAAGGUUAAACAAUUAAAAUAGAACAUUGUUAAGUGUACAAAUAGAGUUUCACACUUGGUGGAUAGCUGAAUAUAAAUAUAACAAUCACUUGGAAUACCAUCACACUUGUUUUAAAUCUCACUUUAUUUUCUGAAGUUUUUGAACCUCACUUUUUCUUCUUAAGCUUUUUGACAUGGCCAUGGGUGUUGGGGAUUCUGAGAGGGUUUUUAGGGAAACAAAUGAUGUUGAUGACAGUGAAAACAUGAAUCCAAUGACCAUUGAGGAACUAGAUGUUGAAGGUGAUUAUGUUAUUCAACAUGAUGAAGUUCAAAGAGUUGAGGUGAGAAACAACAAUGACAAUACUAUUCUUGAACUUAAGAGAUUGGUUCAAACCAUGGCAUCUUCUGUUGCUACUGCUGUUACUAAAAUAGAGGAGCUAAGUUACAAACAACUUGAGCUGAGUUCAACUAUGAUGGAGUUUCAACAUCAUAACAAAGAAAUGUGUGAGUCUCUUAAGUUGAUGGAGGUAGCUGUAUGCUUGAAAGAAAAUGAUGUGUUUGGCAGCCAUGUAACCCCAAACAAGAUAGGGUCUGAUGCUUUUGACAUGGUUGUUGGAAGGAUGGAUAAUCAUAUAUCACAACCUAUGAUGCUUUGGAAGAGCAACUUUAGAAGGUCAUCCAACUCAGAGCCUAUUGGUAGUGCUGUAUUGACUGGGAUAACUAAAAAGUUAUUUCAAAGUCCAUCUCACAGAUCAAAGAUACCUGUUACCAAUCCAUAUUUGCAACCACGUCCCAGUCCAGUUGGGAGAGGAAAGACAAGGGUCAACGAAGUGCGCCCAUUCAUUCCAAGAGUCAUGAAUCUCACUCUCCCAAGGGGAAUUAAGUGGAGGUUUAAGCCUACCCCAGAAAUGCACUUGAGUCCUUUAGAAGUUCAAGUUUGUGCAUAUGUGUUUCAUCCAGAUCAGGAUGCAGAUGAACCAUUGAUGACCACUCAUAAUAUGGUUGCAACUCGUGCUGACAUUGAAUGUCUUUGUCCUGGAAAACCAAUAAAAGAUGUGGUUCUCAGUUAUGUUGCUGGAAAAACAUGCUGGGUUCAAAAGAAUCUUAGUCACAAUGCUGUUUGGGUGAUGCCGCCAACUUUUCAUGAAGAUGUUUUUAAUGGAGCUACACUUUAUGAACUUAUGGAUAACUAUACAAGGCAUUGGAUGGUCUCAUUUCAGACAUUGAAAUAUAUAUACAUUCCGGUCAAGAACAUUCUCAUCAACCAUUGGUAUCUCAUGGUGGUUUCUCUCAAAGAUGAAACUGUGUAUCAAUUGGAUUCAUAUCUUAGAGCUGAAGAUAUUGAAUCUCGCAGGGCUACUAUUAAAACAUUGGCCGAGGUAAUGUCUCAAAUGGUGAAUUCAAGCUAUUUUGCAACAGUCUUCAUGGGAUGCAAGUUGGAUUUCCAAAACUGGGACAUCAAAGAGGCCAGGGGGAUACCUAACUGUGGUCGUAGUAACAACUCUUUGGUGUGGUUGCUGGAAUGGUUGGAGAUGGAGCAUUCUUUUAACCAUAAUGUUCAUGGAACAAUUAAUGAAAAUGCAGUAAGGAUGAGGACAUGCAUGAGCAUCCUACUAGGACUUCACAAUGAGCUGAGAUCUCAUUUGGAAGUGAAGAGCAUGACCUUUUGGGAGACCCUCCCACACUGAAGAAGCUUUACCUUUUCUGGUUUCUAGUGUAGUUGAUGAACUAAACUUUGUUAUUUCUCUAAUAUUAGUAUUUACUUUAUUUAGGAUAGAACCUUAAUGUGGCACAUAUUUUGUUAAGGCCUAAGAAUCACCUUUUUUGUGUUAGAGCCUAAUUAAGCGUGUUGGAAUAGAUUCCAGACUCUUUUUAUGAUUUCAGGCCUAGGAAGACCCUUUUGUGAUUUAGAGCCCAAUGUUAUGAGUUAUGGAUCAGAAUCCAAACUCUUUUUAUGAUUUCAAGCCAAAGGCUCAUAUUAUGUAUUAGUGCCCAUUCCUUGGUUCAUUAAUGGAAUUAUCUACUACUAUUUGGUUUAUUUUCUA